GCUAGGAUCAUCUUUUCAUUUAAAGGCUCUCUGCUUAUCCGCACGUGUGUCGUUUAUAUACUCGGUUAACCCGAAGAUUUGGAUCAGAAGUGAGCAGAAGGAUGGCGAGUGAGGACGUGGAGCGGCUGUUGAUCCAGUUUCAGGAUGAGAACGGGGAUGUUCUGGGUUCACCUUUUGACGUGCCUUUAGACAUCACUCAAGACAAACUACAACUUGUCUGCAAUGCGUUGCUGCAGAAGGAAGAGCCGGUGCCGCUGGCGUUUUUUGUGCGUGGAGAGGCAGAGGUGGUGUCCACCCUGCGAUCUUGUGUUAAGGCUCUUGGAGUCGAGACGGAACAAGUUCUGCCCGUGGUGUACCAACCUGAGGCUGUGUUCAAGGUCCGGGCCGUGACCCGCUGUACCAGCACCCUGCAGGGACACACCGAGGCGGUCAUUUCCACCGCCUUCAGCCCCACUGGCAAAUAUCUGGCCAGCGGUUCCGGUGACACCACCGUGCGAUUUUGGGACUUGACAACCGAGACGCCCCUCUACACUGCCAGAGGACACACACACUGGGUGCUGACUAUCGCCUGGUCGCCUGAUGGGAAGAAGCUGGCUUCAGGGUGUAAGAACAGCCAGAUCUUUCUGUGGGAUCCAGCGACAGGCACUCAGAUUGGGAAGACGUUGACGGGACACACCAAGUGGAUCACGUGGCUCUGCUGGGAACCUCUUCAUCUUAACCCAGAGUGUCGCUACUUGGCGAGCAGUUCUAAGGACGGCUCUCUGCGCAUCUGGGACACGGUCCUGGGACACUGUGAGAAGAUUUUGACGGGACACACUCAGUCUGUCACCUGUGUGAAGUGGGGAGGAGACGGACUUCUCUACACGUCCUCCCAGGACCGCACAGUCAAAGUGUGGAGAGCGAAAGAUGGUGUCCAGUGCAGGACUCUGCAGGGCCACGCCCACUGGGUGAACACCCUUGCUCUCAGCACAGACUACGUCCUGCGCACUGGAGCUUUCGAACCUGCUAAUGCAACCAUAAACCUGCAGGAUCUCACUGGGUCUUUGGAUGAGUUGAAGGAGAGAGCGCUGCAAAGAUACAAUAAAGUGAGAGGUUCAGCUCCAGAGCGCUUGGUGUCCGGCUCAGACGAUUUCACCUUAUUCAUGUGGGAUCCUGCAAACGAGAAGAAACCGUUGGCCAGGAUGACGGGCCACAGCGCUCUGGUCAACGAAGUGCUCUUCUCCCCCGACACCAGACUGCUCGCCUCGGCCUCGUUCGAUAAAUCCAUCAAAAUCUGGGAUGGACGAACUGGGAAGUACUUGAUGUCCCUGCGGGGCCACGUUGGAUCUGUGUACCAGGUAGCGUGGUCGGCAGACAGCAGGCUGCUGGUCAGCGGCAGCAGCGACAGCACGCUCAAGGUGUGGGACGUUAAAACUGGGAAGCUCAACAUGGACCUUCCAGGUCACGCCGAUGAGGUUUAUGCUGUGGACUGGAGCCCUGAUGGACAGAGAGUGGCCAGUGGUGGGAAGGAUAAAUGUCUCAGGAUAUGGAGAAGAUAAGUCUCUGUUUCAACACGUUGACAGAAGAUACAUCCUGUGAUGCUUGGCCACCUGACAGGAGGGGGGUAAAGGGGGGCAGACAGAAUCUAACCCUCCUUCAGUCUUUUGGGUUGAGGAACUCCAGUCGGGUCACAAUACAAAGACUGAAACCCAAGAGAGAACGUACUUCCAGUGUAAGACUGACAGGGAUGGGAAUGUGACGCAUUCAUCCAGUCAGAUUACUGACAGAUUACAACCUGUACACAGAUUUAUCAGAAUAUAUGUAUUUAAAUAUGGACGUCUGACUAAAAAAGGUGUUUUCCCCCCUAAAACAUUUUAUAAAUACUCUG